AUGGCGGCAUCUCUGUUCACCUACUCAUCAACAUCUCGAAGAGUCACUCCUGCCCCAAACUCUCCUCCACUUCCAAUUCACAUCAAGGCCACCAAUGUCGUAUUCAACCCUGACAUUCCAGAGGUUCAUCGAGGUCUUGGACUCGAUGAUUUCGUCAAUUUCUUGACUUCUUGCCGCCUCCGAUACGCAAUCAGUGACGUACCAUCCGAGUUCUUCCCUGAACAAGUAUGUGAGUUUUACUAUACUGCAACAGUUAAUGAAGAAAACAAUGCCAUCACCGGAACAAUUGGCCAUGGCAGACACUCCGUCUUUAUCACUGCAGAGCUUCUCAGCGCUGCUUUACGAUUACCUCUGUUCGAACCUUUUUCUGAACCCCCAACUAUUGAAAGAUGUAAACGCAUGUUUGAUCAACUGGGCUAUGAUCAUUCAAAGGCUGGUACUCGAUCAGCCCUUAUUUUGCGUCAGUGCAUGACCCCAGGAUGGAAGUUUUUCACUGGUGCCUUGUGCAAGUGUGUGGGCCACAAGUCUCGGAGUGGUGAUCAAUUGAGUAAUUAUGAGCAACAAGUCGUCUGCUCUCUUCUUCUCAACAAAAGACUGGAUUAUGGGGCACUAUUCUUUGAUCAGCUUGUUCAACUUCUACGUGCAAAUGUGCGUGCUGAUCAUGUUCCCUUUCCUCGCUGGAUUGCCCUGGUGUUCGACAAAUUCUUCGCUGCUGAUUAUUUUUCUCACUCUGGGAAUCCAAUCCAAUGCCCUCGCAUGUCCGUUCGCAUGUAUCAGGAUGAUCCUUUGGAUUCAGACAUUGGGAUCUCAGAUAGGAUGAGAGAAUGGAUUGCUCAUCCAUACACUAUGCCUUCUCUCUCAGCUGAUACUGAUGAAGGAGGUGCUGAUGGUGAUCAUGUGGAUCAUGCUGAUCAAGAAGUGGAUCGUUAUGAUGGCGGCCAUUCCUCCCUCCACCUUCUCCUCACCUUAUCCCUAUCACUGGUCCUGCCUCCUCAGCUCCACAGGAUCCCAUGUCUCAAGGGGAGCAACCAUCUCAGGGGGAUCAUCAGUCUCAGGGGGAGCAUUCUUCUCAAGGGAUGCCUCACUCUCCGGGGGAGCAUUCAUCCCCAGCAGCUCGCCACUUCUCUCCAAGGAUGCAAUCCAGCUUUCCAGUUGCUCCAGCAUGACUCACUCAACCCCGUUGAAGAAGCUGAUCCUGCGGGACAUGAUAGUCCAGCAGCUACUGAAAGGUUAUCUGAUGAUAGUGAGCAUAAUGAUGAACACGAAUCUGAUUCUGCGGGGCAUAGUAGUCCAGCAGCCACUGAGAAAUUAUUUGAAGAUAGUGAUGAUGACGAAGAGCGUGAUGAACCUGAUGAUGAAUGUCAAAUUUUUGACAUGAACUUUAUUGAUCCUCUCAUUCCAGUUCAGCAAGAAAGCUUAGAUGAUCUUGAAGAAUCUAUUCCGAUACUUGCCGAUCCUAUUGCUGAUUCAAUCAUUCCGGUCCAAGGAGAAGAUUCGGACAUUGCCAGUGAAGAAUCUCAUCGUUGUCUCGAAAGCGGAAAGUAG